AUGGCGAGCACGAUCCGACGCCGCAAUGUCCCUGAGACCAAGACCGUCGAGACCGAAGAGAUCGAUGUCGACGACAACCCAGCCACGCAAUCAACCACCGUCCAUGUGGUCGAGCAUCCGCAUAAGACCCGGAAACGCCGGAACACCUUCAUAUUCCUUCUCGGUAUUCUCUUCGGCUUGAUUGCCGCCGGCUUCUUCGCCUCAAGCAACGACUUGAUCGGCCUCCCCGAGUUUUCCGAUCUUUCCGUCGAGACCCUCCUGGAUGUCUUGCCCGCCGGUCUGGUCAAAGAUAUGCGCGAUCUGAUCCAAGGCGAACGAGAGGUUUCGGACGCUUAUGAGUCGUUCUCCGUCGGAACCAAGGCCCGCGCCGAGGGGCUCGAGGCACACCACCCUAUGAUCAUGGUCCCCGGUGUCAUCUCGACCGGUCUUGAAUCGUGGGGGACCGCUAAUAUCUCCCGAGCAUACUUCAGAAAGCGACUUUGGGGAAGCUGGACCAUGAUGAGGGCCCUGGUCAUGGAUAAGGAUGUAUGGAAGAAGCAUGUUAUGCUUGACAAGCGGACCGGCCUAGAUCCUCCUUUGGUUAAGCUGAGGGCUGCCCAGGGCUUCGAUGCGACCGACUUUUUCGUGACAGGAUACUGGAUUUGGAACAAAAUCUUUGAAAACUUGGCAUCCAUCGGCUACGACCCAACCAACUCGUACACAGCCUCUUACGACUGGCGACUGUCCUAUUCAAACCUCGAGGUCCGAGACCAGUACUUUAGCAGGCUCAAGUCAUACAUCGAAACCGGCGUCUCCACUGGGGGCAAGAAAGCGGUCUUGGCAUCACACAGCAUGGGUAGCCAGGUCCUCUACUACUUCCUCCAGUGGGUAGAAUCUGAGCGCGGCGGCCGUGGUGGACACGAUUGGGUCGAGCGUCAUAUCGACUCCUGGAUCAACAUUAGCGGUUGCAUGCUCGGCGCUGUCAAGGGUUUAACGGCCCUUCUGUCUGGCGAGAUGCGGGAUACUGCUCAGCUCAACCCAUUUGCCAUUUACGGACUCGAAAAGUUCCUGGGCAAGGAAGAGAGAGCGGAGAUCUUCCGCGCUAUGCCUGGAAUCUCGUCGAUGCUUCCCAUCGGAGGGAAUGCUGUCUGGGGUGAUUUGAAUUGGGCGCCGGAUGAUCUGCCAGGCCAGAACUUCUCCUACGGGUCCCUGUUGAAUUUCAGGGCCGGUGCGAACUGGACCACGCCCGAUCGCAACUUGACUGUCGAUUCUUCAAUGGAGUACCUAUUCAACACUACUGAGGAUUGGUACCAAGACAUGCUCAAGGGCAGCUACUCCCGCGGCGUCGCGCACACUGUGGCAGAGGUCGAGGCCAAUAGGAAAGACCCUAGGAAAUGGAUCAACCCUCUCGAGACUAGACUUCCCUUGGCACCGAGCCUAAAGAUCUUCUGCUUCUAUGGGGUUGGCAAGCCAACUGAGCGGGCGUACUACUACCGCGCGCCCGACCAGCCGGCGUUGACCACCCUCAACAUCACCAUCGACACAGGCUACGUCGCGGGAGAAGUCGACCAUGGCGUCAUCAUGGGUGAGGGUGACGGUACUGUGAAUCUCAUUAGCACCGGCUACAUGUGCAAUCGCGGUUGGCAUAUGAAGCGAUACAACCCGGCCGGGCUCAAAGUGACAGUUGUAGAGAUGCCCCAUGAACCCGAUAGGUUCAACCCGCGUGGAGGACCUCGAACGGCUGAUCACGUUGACAUCCUAGGCCGGCACAACCUGAACGAGCUGCUGCUCAUGGUAGCGGCCGGCAAGGGCGACACCAUCAUGGACCACGUGAUCAGCAACAUCAAUGAAUACGCAGACAAGGUCAAGAUUUACGACGAGGAAUAG